AUGCUGGAUUUGCAUUGACAGAUGGAGAAUGUUUAGAGCGUCUCUGGUCAUACCUGAGGAAUUUUUCAAAGAUUACCAAGGAAAUGACACCAAGUCAUCGUGUUGAUACCCUGACAGAUGCCCUGAUUCAUUAUGCCAACAGGAAUUAUUUGAAGAUCGGAACAUUCCUUAGUUCCAAAAUGGAGAAGGCCAAAGAUGUCGCGAUGACUUCAUCAAAAGAACUGACCAUCCUCCUUUCAACUAUGCAAGCAACUACGGCUGAUGUGAGAAAUUGGAUGUUGGUCGAAGAAAGAUCCGCAGCGUACAAGAGACAUGAAAAUUGGCCAGCGAAAUCAGGAAAAGACAAACUUUUGCCUCUUCUCCAUCUACACUGCACUGAAAGAAAAAUUCUGUUGGAAAUGAUGAAUAAAUAUGCAGUAGGCCAGGCAAUUGCCAUACGACUGCAGAAGAACAUCAAUAAUUCCAACAAGGCUAUUCGAUCCUUGAUAGCACAGGUGAACAAGGAACUGACUCCACCUCUGACAUAUGAGGAGGCCAUUGAAUUCAAGUUUCUCGUGGAUUCAGAUCGCCCCUACCAAAGGCGAGCUGCCAAUGUCCUCAAUAUGAAGGAGAGAGCUGAGGAAGAGAUUGAGCUGCUCAAGAAAGAAAUCGCCAAUGUUGCCAUGGUUAUGCGUCGCCAACAUGCUACACUCAUUUCUUCACUGUCUUCGUGUGACUCCUCGGAUUCAUUUUCAAGAGGAAGGAACUCUUUGAUUGUGUCAAAGAUUGUUUUGGUUGAAAGACAGUUUUCAACAUUUAAGAAUACAUGUGGUGCGUAUGUUGAGAUUCAGCAACUGACGGAUUCGUUUAGGGACAGGAUUCCUUACACCCUGCUAGAAGUGGACGAUAUAGGAUUUUCUUCAGAUGAUUUGACCUCUAUCCUGGAAGAAAUACGGGCACAAGAGGCUGAGGACGAUAUUGUCUCUGAUAAUGAAAAUGAGGAUAAGGAAGAUCUUGAUGAGGAGUAUUCUCAGAACCAAUUUGAUUAUUAUGAACAUUAG